AGAAAUCUGCGUUGUUAUCGGUUUUGAAAACUCACGCCAUGUGGCUGGCCCGUGUCUUCGACUAUGGACGGUUUCCGCCGCUGCGUUCGUUUCUUAAUGUUCGUCGCCUGUGCGGCGUUCAACGAGCCUCGUGUGCUCAGACACCGCAGACCAUCGCCGUAAACUUUCAACGGCCGUAGCCAGCCGCGGGUACACGUAAAACAGUACAUUGUGCCCAGGUUAUUGAGGUUGGAAUUGUUGAAAAUCUACAAUAAUUCUUUCCACAGCGAACAGAGAGAAUAUCGAAAACCACCGGGCCAAUAGAUUCAAUUCCGCCGAAGUACGCAACGACCAAAGUACUUAGAACAAUAACGAUAACACGUCGCGAGAUAACCCGGACGGCGAGCCGGUGAUAACGCCUAACCAUAUGGUACACAUUUGCCAGUGUUACGUCAGUUGAUAACGGUCGCUGGUCAGCUGCUGUCGCCCUGUUUGCUGAUGAACUUGUUGUCAUGUUCGUUUCUCCGAAUUUCCAUAGGUUUUUUUUUUAAUAUCGAAAUAUCACUGAUUUUCUUAAACCGAACCAAUUAAUAAUAAUACCUAAUACCUAUUUAUUUCGAUUAUUUUCUGCGACGAUUUCGUGGUUGAACUACUGGUACAUCGUCAAACAAUAUUGCGUUAUUAAACAUCCUGUACUUAAAGGUAAAUAUUGAAAACCUAAGGAUUCAAACAUAUAAACCGUUUUUUAAAAAUAACAUUUUUGGCAAUAGUUAGAAUUAAAACAGAAAAUAAUUUAUCUUUAGUGAGAAAAAUAAAUACCAUUGCUCAGAUUUGAUAGCCUCAUUAUUUUUGUUAAGAAUAUUAUGAAAUUAUUAUAUUUAAAAUAUUUUAUAGUAAAAAAUAAAAUAUAUAUCGAACUAUGAAUAAUAUGAUUUCAAUGCCACUGUUAUUAUUUUAGGUGUCUUGAAAUACUGUAUUCAAAAUGAGGAGACGAGCUGGUGUCGGUGCGGUUCAUAAACAAAAAUUAGAACAAGAAAAAUAUAAGGACAAAGGCACGGUGAUCCAAGAAAAUCAAUUUGAACAAAUGACCAAACAAAUGGAAGUGUUCCGUUUGAAUUUGGAAGAGUUUGCCACUAAAUAUAAAAAUGAAAUUAAGAAAAAUUCUCAAUUUAGACGACAGUUUCAAGAAAUGUGUUCAUCUAUCGGUGUCGAUCCGUUAGCUUCGGGCAAAGGAUUUUGGUCUGUCCUUGGCAUUGGAGAUUUUUACUAUGAAUUAGCAGUUCAAAUUGUUGAAGUCUGUAUGGCAACAACUCAUAAAAACGGCGGCAUCAUUGGUUUGGAUGAACUAAGGGACCGUUUGGUAAAUAUUUCUUUUUUUUUCAAAAUUGUAUACUAUUUUGUAUGAAACCCAUUUGAACAUUUUCAGAUAAAAGCCAGGGGACGUAAUAAACAACAUCAAGAAAUCACGAUUGAUGACCUAUUGUGUGCCGCCCGAAAGCUUAAGAUAUUUGGCAAUGGAUUUUGUGUUAUACCUGUUGGAGAAGGCCAAUACAUGGUGCAAUCUGUACCUGGAGAACUGAGUAUGGAUCACACUGCCGUUCUCAAACUGGUAUCCACAUCCGGCAGUGCGUUCAUUACCUUACCAUCUCUAAUGGAGCAACUAAACUGGGAAACGACAAGAGCAACAAACGUUUUGAAUAGCAUGGUCACAGAGGGCCUUUGCUGGAUAGACAAAGAUCAUAAAAAAGAUGUGUCAUAUUGGUUCCCCAGCAUGUUCACAGAAUGUAUUAAAUCAUCAUAACAAUACCCUAUUUUAGUUAUUUUUUUUUUUAUAUAUAUAUAAAUAAUUAUUGUAAGAAAACUUCUCAACAGUGUAAAUAUACUUAUUUAAUUUUGUACACAAUAACCCAGACAUCAGUGUA